UCCAUACUUAGGCUACAGCAGCUGACAUAAACAAACUUGUAGCGUUUCAAGAAACACGGAAAACUCGAAGAUUUUGUCAUCAAAGUUCGAGCACAAUUUCCUAUCAUUUGAAAAGGCUCAUUAUUCAUCUAAGUUGUUUGUCUCACUUCUCAAAGAGGCCGUUAAAUAAACAGGCAAGAAUUUCAACCAAUACUGAUACACAAAUUGUAUUCCGUGAACUCAACCAAGAACUCCAGAAACUGAGCAGUGUGUUGAAUUUCAUCACUUUGCACUAAUGAACUUGUGGCCGACAGAAAGUUAAGGAAAAAUGGUUCCAGAUCGAGCGAAAAAUUCAUCUCUUCAAGUCGUUUCGACUUCUUCAAAUGACAGCGAUGCUUCGAUAUUUCCUCGCGACCUUGUAACACUUGUCAGUAUAUACGACGUUGUGGUCAUUGUAUUCUGUCUGGUAGGCUACGCCUUGGUGGUAUUUGCGCUGUUUUUGAACACAAAACUACGAAGCAAUUGCAAUUUCUUCAUAUUAAGCAUGGGUUUUGCCGAUUUCCUAAUUGCGACGAUAGUUAUUCCUGUAAGUCAAGGGCAAUUGCUGCAUUCGCUGUACUUCCAUUCCGUUGCGGCUUGUGAGUUUGUAAGUGACAUAAAUCUUAUUGCGAUCACCGCUGUAGCGCUCAAUCUAUGUGCAGUUACGUUGGAGCGGUUUUUUGCUAUCGUCUUUCCUUUCCGUUAUGAAUUAUAUCUCACAACAAGAACAGCCAUAGGGAUCAUUGCCGGAAUCUGGGUAUAUGCACUAGUUGUAGGACUCCUACCACAGAUGGGCUGGUCAAMRUCACGUGCUGUAGUAUCCAAUGGAUAUUGUAACUGGCCUUUAGAAAAAAGUUACCUAAUAUUCAGCACAAGCUUACAUUUUUGCUUCCCAGCUUUUUUAAUAGUUGUCACAAACAUUCUAAUUUACCGAAUCGCUGCCAAACAAGCAAAACGGAUCUUCAAGACAAGAGCAAGUACCAACWGCACCGCACAGACGUCUUUAACUUCCAGAAAAUACUCAACAACUUUAGAAGUAUUUAGAAUCAAUUAUCGAGCAGCGAGGAGGAUUUCCAUUAUUGCUGGCGCUUAUUUGAUAUGCUGGUUACCUCAAAUGACAGUUUUACUUAUAAGUAUUCGAACCGGGUAUGGAACAAUACCUCCCGUUGUGUUCUUGGUGACUUUGCCGUUACAGUACACAAGCUCAGCCGUUAACCCAUGUAUUUUUUGUCUUCUCCACAAAGAAAUUAGACUGACUUUAUUCAGAGAAAUCAAGGCAAGGGUUCCAYUAUUAAGAGGAAAUCGCUCCAACAAACGAACCGUYACGCGCGAAGAAAGUCAGUUGCGUGAAAAACAAAAUGAAAAAGUUCAUCGCACAAACAGUCAGACUGCCACGCAGUUCAUCGAGUUGUCCUCUGGUUGUUCAAGCCCAGUAAAGGAUACGGAUAACAAUGCUUCGUAAUUUGGCGUACAUGAUGCAAUGGUCUCAUGCAUAUAUAAGCAACGCUCUCUCUUACUCUUUGAAAGAUUAUUCAUCGCAUGACCAUUAACAUUUCAUUAAAUAAAAAACUAAGAGCAACAUUCGAGCGUAAUAGUCUCCAUUUUAUAAAAUAUAGAAMAAAUAUCAUGUUAUUUUCUCGAAAGCGCAACGAAAAUAAAUAUUACUAGAGCUWAAAAUUUUAAUCUGA